UGGCUUUGGACAUGCCCAGCAAAGCCCUGCCAGAGCUGCAGCCGCAGCCGGUUCUGUCGAUGAUGCAGUUGUUCGGGUGGGAUGACAUGGUGUGGCCACAGCUGGUGUCCAGAUACCUGAGUCACCUAAUACAAAACAGUGAGCUGUAUGAAGCAUUUUCCAGUAUGGGCUAUACCUCCUAUGAAGCUUUGACAGUUCGUUCUUGGUUUCGAUGCGUUUUGCAAAUGUUCAUAGAUCAGCCGGCGGGUGCGCUGGCCAAGACAGAUGCUGAGCGAACAGUUGGGAAAGUUUACAUGGAGCAGCUCACUGAAAUGACAAGACUGGUUUUUAAACUGAAGGAAGUAGAAAACAUCCUCUCAAAGGCUCAUGUCGAAGAGUCAUUUUUCAAGCAAGACCCUAAAAACGCUCUUGUCCAGUUUAUUAAGGUACCAUACUUUUGUGCUAGCUCAUAGGAUAA